AUGGCGAGCGCGUGCGCCGGUCGUCCUCAUCUCCUGCUCCGGGUGUGGGGACUCGGUGUCUCCAGGCUGUGGAAAACCUCAGGCUAUGGACUUCGCAAAGUCACCCCUUAUGGACUUCGCAAAGUCACCCCUCGAGAUCGUACGGGGACAAUCCCGUUCAUCGAAAUUGUGGGCAAGUUCCCGGGCCAGGUCCUGAUGGGUUCCCCGGUAAGAGUUUUCUGCUGCAGGGGCCAUUGCUCUGUACUAUUUCACUUUUUUGGAAACAUCACACAGGUCAUUGAACUUUUGGAUGGGAUUCAAACCUGGGAACUUGCUCUCUCUUGUGAACAGAUAAGUCAAGCAGUGAGAGAUUGGCUGAUGUGCCUUACACAACAGAGAAAUGGAAUUCUGCCUUCAAAAGUCAGACCAAAAAUCAACACAGAUUUACAAUUAUAUUCUCAAAAGGAUAUUGGAGUUGGAAAUGAAGUAUUUCAAGAGGAUGUUACAGAAGAAUCCCAUUCUGAUUUUCUAUACAGACCAUGUUCUUAUAUUGCUAGAUCUGUUCACUGGCAAACUGGUCACUCAUGUUAG